AAAACAAGUGAUAGUAAGUUGUUGUGCAUAUAUUCACUAAAUGUUUAAUGACAUCAACGAUGAAGACAUCCUGUAUCAAUGAAGAACAACCAAGUGUUUAUGUAAAGGUUUUGAGUGCUGGGUUAGCAGCUUGUGUGGCUGAUGCUGCGACGUUCCCAUUAGAUACAACAAAAGUUCGCCUUCAGCUACAAGGAGAAGGGAAAGUACCGGAAGUCCGAGUAAAACAGAUAACCAGUUUAUCUCGGUCCAAAGUGAAGUACAGAGGACUAUGUCAUGCAGUUGGUGUAAUUGCCCGUGAAGAAGGUGUCCGUGGACUUUACAAAGGUCUAGUUCCAGGUCUACAGAGACAACUGUGCUUCUCAUCAGUCAGACUAGGUCUUUAUGACGAAUUCAAAGAUUUUUACUUUAGUUUAUUAUACAAAGAUUCAGAAAACAAGGACAUGCCAAUAAAAAUUCGUCUCAUGGCUGGUGUCACCACUGGCGCGCUGUCCGUUACACUGGCUCAGCCUACGGAUGUGGUAAAGAUUCGAAUGCAGGGACAGAGUACAACAAGUGCCCGAACAUACAACAGUUCUAUAAGUGCUUACAAAUGUAUAGCAAACGAGGAAGGAGUCCGAGGACUAUGGAAAGGUGUAGUGCCAAAUAUUAUACGAAACAUUGCUGUCGGAGUAACAGAAAUGGUGACGUAUGACGUCACUAAACACAAGAUACUUCAGUCCGGUAUUCUAACAGACGGUAUUCCUUGUCAUUUCCUGUCAGCUGUUACAGCCGGUUUUAUUGCCGUUAUCGUAUCCUCCCCCGUUGAUGUUGUGAAAACAAGGUACAUGAACGCAACACCUGGCCAAUAUUCCGGGAUCUUCAGUUGUGCAUAUGGAAUUUAUUCUGGUAGUGGAUGGACUGGUUUUUAUAAAGGGUGUGUGCCAUACUUUGCCAGAAUAUGUUCAUGGAGUAUUAUCAUGUUCCUUACAUACGAACAACUGAAGACUAUGUUUACACCUAAAACAAACCGUAAUACUAUGCUAAAAAUCAUUGAACAAGACAAAAAUAUCAGACUAGAAACACGUCUCUGAUUUAUAUAGCAACAUGACUAUUUAUCAAAAGGAAGAUUGUAACAAACAAGGGCCAACAAGAAAUGUCUCGGCUGCUUAAAUCAUUAACACUGAAUAAUAUGUUGAAAGUUUUAGAGAUAAUAACCUCAAACGAUAAACAAUGAAAAUGAGGUCAAGGUCAGUUCACCCCUGUCAGACAGAUUAUAGUCAAAGUUAAAGAUUUUAUCGAUAUAAAAUGCAAAAUCUGGAUUGAUAUAUGCAGCUUACAUUGAUUCUUAAGACCAAAUACAGAUGACCUUAUUUCUCAGAAACUGCAUGACUUAAGGAAGUAUUUGAAUCAUAGAACUCCGUUAAAGGUUAAAUGACCUGUACAUCUUAAAAUCAUUUUAUAAUAGUGGACCUACUGCUUAUAAUUAUGACUUUAAUAGUGUUUUCCAUUGAAUCAUGAAAGUGAGGUCAAGGGCAGGUGAACCCUGUCAGACGGACAACAAAAUCUUAUAACCAUUAUAUAGACCAAGUAUAGUUUAUCUAUUACGCAAUGUAAAUGAGAAACUGACCAAAGCGCGAUUAUUGAACCAUGGAAAAGGUUCUCCUGACCGACGGACAUGUACACCUGACAACCAUUCAUAAAGACCAUGGAAAAGGUUCUCCUGACUGACGGACAUGUACACCUGACAACCAUUCAUAAAGACCAUGGAAAAGGUUCUCCUGACCGACGAACAUGUACACCUGACAACCAUUCAUAAAGACCAUGGAAAAGGUUCUCCUGACCGACGGACAUGUACACCUGACAACCAUUCAUAAAGACCAUGGAAAAGGUUCUCCUGACUGACGGACAUGUACACCUGACAACCAUUCAUAAAGACCAUGGAAAAGGUUCUCCUGACCAACGGACAUGUACACCUGACAACCAUUCAUAAAGACCAUGGAAAUUGUUCUCUUGUUCGACGGACAUGUACACCUGACAUCCAUUCAUAAAGACCACAUAUAGUUUACCUUUAACCUGUACUAUGCACGGAACAUUCCAAAGAAGAAAUAUAGUUAACCUAGUUCUACAUAAGCGCGAACACUUAACAAUGUUUAAAAAAAAUAUAUCAGGACAUAAACAAUUAUUCUGUGUGUGUGUGUGUGUGUGUGUGUGUAAUGUGCAUAAUGGUGUGUGUAUGAGUAUUAUUAUAGUUAAAUAAACCAAAAUAUUCUCGUGUGGUUUGUUACUUUUGCAAAGAAACUGUGCAAUUUAUAUUUAUUCUUAUUUAUUGUUACAUUAAAAGUAGUUUUUGAAGUUCAUUUA